ACUUCCGGCCGGGCGGGAGUUCCGGUCAGGGCGGUCCUAACUGUCCUGGUUGUAGGUCCUUAUCUCUCUUAGCACGUGGCGUUCGCUUUUGGCGUUGGAGCUUCUGAACAGUUUGAUAGGCGGGCAUCUGCCCAGAGGGGGUUGGAUGGGCUGCGUGUAGCGCUGUCUCUGUGCGGCUUCCGUCCCAGCGCGGGGCGGACGGCCUCCAGGGGCGCCGAGGCUCUGCGCGCUUCCGUCAUGGACUACCGGCGGCUGCUGAUGAGUCGGGUGGUUCCCGGGCAGUUCGACGACGCGGAUUCCUCGGACAGUGAAAACAUUGACCUGAGGACCAUCAGAGAGGAAGAUAUUCUGUUUGAAGAUCUGCAGAAGAAUGUGCCUGAGAAGAUGGGUGGAGGUGAUAUGGAAGAGAAGGAGGAAGAGGAGGAAGAGGAGGAAGAGGAGGAGGAGUAUGAUGAUGACGACUGGGAUUGGGAUGAUGGAGUUGGAAAACUCACCAAAGGUUGUAUCUCAAAUGCAAGGAGUAACCCACAGGCAAAUCAGCAGACUUCCAACUACAAUUUGGCCAAAAUAUCUACUCCAGCAGACAAGGUCUUACGGAAAUUUGAGAAUAAAAUUAAUCUAGAUAAGCUAAAUGUUACUGAUUCUGUCAUAAAUAAAGUCACCGAAAAGUCUAGACAAAAGGAAGCAGAUAUGUAUCGCAUCAAAGAUAAGGCAGACAGAGCAACUGUGGAACAGGUGUUGGAUCCUAGAACACGAAUGAUACUAUUCAAGAUGUUGACUAGAGGAAUCAUAUCAGAGAUAAAUGGCUGCAUUAGCACGGGAAAAGAAGCUAAUGUGUACCACGCUAGCACAGCAAAUGGAGACAGCAGAGCAAUCAAAAUUUACAAAACUUCUAUUUUGGUGUUCAAAGAUCGGGAUAAGUAUGUAAGCGGGGAGUUCAGAUUUCGUCAUGGCUAUUGUAAAGGAAACCCCAGAAAGAUGGUGAAAACUUGGGCAGAAAAAGAAAUGAGGAACUUAAUCAGGCUAAACACCGCACAGAUCCCAUGCCCAGAACCUAUCCUGCUAAGAAGUCAUGUUCUUGUCAUGGGUUUCAUUGGUAAAGAUGACAUGCCAGCGCCACUGUUGAAAAACGUCCAGCUCUCAGAAUCCAAGGCUCGGGAGUUGUAUCUGCAGGUCAUCCAACUCGUGAGAAGGAUGUAUCAAGACGCCAGACUCGUCCACGCGGAUCUCAGUGAAUUUAACAUGCUGUACCAUAGCGGAGGUGUGUACAUCAUUGAUGUUUCCCAGUCCGUGGAGCAUGACCACCCACAUGCCUUGGAGUUCUUGAGAAAAGAUUGUGCCAAUAUCAAUGAUUUCUUUUUGAAGCACAGCGUUGCCGUGAUGACUGUGCGGGAACUCUUUGAAUUUGUCACAGAUCCAUCCAUUACACAUGAGAACAUAGAUGCUUAUCUCUUAAAGGCCAUGGAAAUAGCAUCUCAAAGGACCAAGGAAGAAAGGUCCAGCCAAGAUCAUGUGGAUGAAGAGGUGUUUAAGCGAGCAUACAUUCCUAGAACCUUAAACGAAGUAAAAAAUUAUGAGAGGGAUGUGGAUAUAAUGAUGAAAUUGAAGGAAGAGGAUAUGGCCAUGAAUGCCCAACAAGACAAUAUUCUGUACCAAACUGUUACGGGAAUGAAGAAAGAUUUGUCAGGAGUUCAGAAGGUUCCUGCACUUCUGGAAGAUCAGGUUAAGGAAAAGGCUUGUUCUGAUUCAGAUGAUGCUGGAAGCUCUGAGUGUUCUGACACAGACUCUGAAGAGCAGGGAGACCAGGCCUGCUCCAGGAAACCCGCUGCUGACCCUGAAGUUAAUAAAAAGGAAAGAAAAAAGAUGGUCAAGGAAGCCCAGAGAGAGAAAAGAAAAAACAAAAUUCCAAAACAUGUGAAAAAAAGAAAGGAGAAGACCGCCAGGAUGAAAAAGGGCAAAUAGAAUCAGAAUGCCACAACAUAAGAGUAAUUUACCGUCUGUCACUUUUCUCACCCACGCUGUGAGCUAUGAGCUGCGUCUUGAAGACGUGCUACUGAUUUUAACUGAGGUUAUCACGGCAGUGUCGUGAAGACGGAGUUACGUGUUCUCAUCUAAUUAUGUAAAAAGCUCUAAGCUCUCUUAUCUAGACCCAGUCACUGCCUCUGUGUGGUAUUGACAGAGGAUUUAUUUAAGCAACUAUAUGAAGAACUUUGUACAAUUUUAUUUUUAUAUGUAUUUUUUUCUCCUGCAGUGUGUUUUUUGAGGCAUCAUAAAUGUUAUAAUGUAAUGAGCAUUCAUCAUCUUUAAGCGUAAAGGCACUUUGGACAGAC